CCUCGUUCACUGCGUUUCUAUCUACUGGCUUUGUUUAGAGAAGAACGUUACCGAUCCAGUAGGAACACGCCGAUAUUCUGUCAAGCUAAUUUUAUAAGAAAUACUUUUCGUGGACUUGAAAUUUAGUAUCGAGAAGACUCUCAUAAGGAUCAAGGCAAACAGAGAAAGCGAAGAGUUGGGAAUAUGAGGUUAUUCAUCGUUAUUUUGACUGCUUUUUUGUGCGGUCUUGUGGCGGCGGCCGAUUCUAACAGUAAAGAUGGUACGAUGUUUAUAGACUCGAACAUCGAUGUAACAACUAUUAAACCAAACCAGAAGAUAAGUUCUAAAGAUUCUGAGUCUUCUGGUGAUGAUGAUGAUGGUUCUGGUGAUGUACAAGGAGACUCCAGUGGCAGUGGAAGUGGCGUAGUUGUUACGCCGAUAACAACCGCCAGUCAAAAAACUGUACGUCCAACAACACGAGAAGAAAACGUGGUUCCAAAAGUCACUGUCAAAAAGAUUCCUUCGACUAAGCCUACUACAGAGCCAGAAGCUGUUACUUCUUCUAAAAAACCUGAUAUCCUAACAGAAGAGGUUGGAAAAAUAACAACCACAACUGGCGAUGCAGUUAGCAAAACUGUAAGGCCGACAACAGAAGAAGACAUGUAUGGAGGAGGAGUUGGGAACGAUGGAAAUGUCGCGGCUAGGAAACAAGAGAAAGCAGGUCUACGGGUUCUGACCAAAGAAGUGAUCGCUGCAGUUAUUGUUGGAGGUAUCUGUGCUAUAAUACUGAUAGCCUUCCUCGUAUAUCGCUUAAGAAAGAGAGACGAAGGAAGCUAUGUGCUCACUGAUUCAGCAUACAAGGACACAAACAAAUUAAGGGGUGACCCGGGCAAGGAGGCCUUCGUUUGAGAAGCAAUUUUUCCCUUAUAAGACUUUUACUCUAUGAAACAAAAUCUGUACACAUUAUAGUGGAUAGAAUCUGAAAUAUGAUUCCACAACAAAAACCACCAAUUUAUAAGAGAAGUAUUGGUCCAUUUUAGAAAUGGUGUGCCGUACAUCUCUUUUAUCUCAACAAGCGUAACUGUUUUAUGGUUAAAUCCAUAGUAAUUUAAUUUUGUUUCAACCGUAUUUAGAAAAAAUUUCUUUUCAGUAGCAUGAAUAGUGUUUAUAUAUAUAUAUAUGCAUAUAUCUUAAUAUUUUCAACACCAUUUCAUCGAUUGAUUACGGUAGGAACACAAAUAUGUCCUAUGUCUUUUGAUAGGUUAAUUCUAACGAUUUUUUUAUCCCGAAUAUUGUCUUCGGUCGAUUUAAAUUAUGGAAGGUAUGGCUAUCAGUCUUUUGAGAAUAAAAAAAUAUGUCCGGCAGAAAUCUUGAAUAACUAGAUAGGGAAUAGAAUUGAUAAUUGGAUUCGAGUUUAAGCAUUCUUGCGGAAGGCCAGUGAGAACAAUUUACUGCUUUCAGUGCUUGAUUGUCGCUCUAAGAAUUGCCUAAUGGUGGUCAUUUAGCUUCAUUCUUACAUAAAUCAUUAGAAUCGAAGUUUUUUKAUCACAAAGGCUGCCAAAUUAGACAUUUUUUUUAUAUGCGCGUAAAUUAAUUUUAAGAAAUUUGGACAUUUUCCAAAAUCAGUGAAUAAGCUCAAUGUGUUAAUAUGCCCUUAGCAAACAAUAUGUAUCACUUUGAAGGCAAUAUUCCCAGAUGUUAUUGUAAUAUAUGUGCAUAAACCGAAGAUUUGUUUGUAUUUUCUUAAAAAUUUUGGUCAUUUGAGGGGUAAAGUAGAUUAAACUCCAAAGGGAUCGUUUUUGUUGGACCCAAUUUUUUUAUUCGUAUGAUUUUUCAGCAUAAAACAAUGAAGUCAGCGCUGUCGAAGCGAUGUGCUCAAUGAGGCAUAAAUAAUUUAACGAAAAAUAUUUUACUUUAUCAAUCUAGCCUAAAUUAACCAAAAAAACCUGUAAUCUCUAAAAAUUUUGUAUUUGAAUAAACACGUUAGCUUUUA